AUGAUGUUGACAAGCGAUAUUAUUAAGGAGAGCAAAGAUGCCGUCAACAAUUUUGACCUCGAUAGCUCUCCUAUUGCCGAGACAGUUGCAAGAUCUGUCCCCGUUGUUAACAUGCUUUCUCAUCCAUUUGAUGAUGAUGCAGAAAAGGUCCCUGCUAUCGCUUCAAAUACAUUAGCAUCACAAUCAAUCAUAAUUAUUCGUCAAUUUGAUAAGUAUAGCAGAACAAUGGAUGAAUUUACAAGUUAUUUCUAUCCAUUAAGAUCUGUUACAAGAGAUUUAGAAAAGCGCGUUCAGGCUAGUGCUAAACAAAACCAACAGACAACCGAAGUUGCUCUUCCGAUUCUGAAACAACUCGUUGAUCCACUUAUUGAUUUCAAAUCGAAAGUAGACACUUGCGUUACGUAUAUCAAAGCAGUUCUUUCCAACUCAGAUGUCUGGAGCCAAGGUAAAUAUAGCGAGCAGCUUCUCGAUUCGAUCUUUCGCCUUAUUUAUAAAAUGGAAAGACUUUCACAGAUGAAUCCAACAAGAAAGGCUGUCGCUGAUGAUAUUUCAAAGGUUUCAAAGAUUGUCGGUAAGACAGAAAAUGAAAUCUUCCCAAUGCAACUUAGAUUUUGGUUCAACUCACCAGGAAGUAUUCGCCACGACCUUAUUGAGUCAUUGACUGAGGUCAACGAUUCGGGUUCACCAAUGGGAAUGUCGCCCGAAUUAAUCCAGAAGGUUUCUUCCCUAUUUUUCGACAGAAUUUACAGCCAACUCACAAACGACACGUUUAUUCUUGCCGAACUCGAGACAAUCUACAUCGUUGCAUUGACAUUUACCAUCGAUCUUGUUACACAAGGUAAGAAGAUGGAAGACAAAAUGAAGAAAUCAAGGAAAUCAGUCAUUUCGGAUAUCCCCAACAAUAUCAAGGAGCUCUUAUUGCAAGUGAGAUCCAAGCACCCAGCCAUUCUUCUUGUUUACGAGUUCCCUCUCGAUUUCGACGAAAUGUUGAAUUAUUCUUCACUUCUCAAGGACAUUGCAGCCAAAACAGGCGGCAAAGGUGGCAAGGUAGCUAACCAGAGAUUUAAUGUCAACCUCAAAGGCAUCCAAAAGGGACUUAGAAACGAAGUUGAUAAUAUGAUCGUCCACUUGACACGUUUGAACGAAGGCGUCACUCCAGAACUCACAGAUUACUUCAUGAAGAGGAUCCCAUCCAGUAUUAAGAUCCUUUCAAACGCUAUUCGUACAAUUGUCGAAUUAUUAGCCGAUAAAAUCCUUAACGCCAACUCCUACGAGAUUGUUUCGAACAACAAGGCCAAGCCCGGUGAAGAACAAGCAGAAGUUCCAGCCCAAGACCCAUCAUUGAUUUCUGCCUACGAAAGAGCUAUGCGUUACGGCUUUUCCAACUUUGAAAGAGACUCAACAAUGCAGAUUCUUGCACUCGCAAGGACUCUCCGCGAAAUUAUCUCCCAGAAUCUUCCGAAAUUGAACGAUAUGUUCGCAAACGCCAUUCAAAACUCCAUCCAGGACUUCAUCAAGAACAAAUUAGAACCACUCGCCAAGAAAUGCGCCGGAAAGAAGAACUACGACCACUCAUCAAUUGAGAAUUUGUGUCUUCUCUUACAAGAUUUCUCAUCCAGCCGCAAGAAACAUCGCUCCAGCAAAGCCACAGAUGAAGAAAAGCAAGAGGAAACCAAGUCAAUGCCUCAUCUUUCUUUCAUCGAGUUAAUGAGGUCACAAUUGGAGCAAUUCCUCAACCAAGAGAACCCAGUUUGCGUACACGGCAUUGCAAAGAGCAACGAAGAAGCCGACAUCAAGAUUUUCUUAAAUGAUUCUCGUUAUUUCGCAGAUCUCUGCAAUCUCGAUGAAGUUCUUGAAGUUGCCUCCGACCAAUCCUCUCUCUUCUUCAAGGAAUACUGGCUGGAUGUCUACAGAAACCAGGUCUCUGAAAAAGUAAACGGCGCCGUUUAUUUCCCAGUCACAACUUCCCUUCCAUAUAUUCUUAUUAACUACGCUAUCAACCACGCUAGCAAGAUGGAAUUGGUCGGCGCCAUCUUCUAUCCGCUCUCCAUUUACGAUGAUGCAGCAGCGACAGCCCUCAAGAAGCUUAAUUCCCAAUAUUUGUUCGACGAAAUCCGCGCCGAAGCCGAAAUCUGCGUUCUCUCCAUCACAAAGAUGAUUUGCGAGUUCGCAUUCCACAACGUGAGAAACUACCACACACAGGCAUUCAGCGACCAGUACAAUCCAAACAUGCUGAGUGAGCCAACGAUCCUCAAUCCGACAGCAAGAAGAUUCCCAGCUGUUUUGCAGCAGAACCAGCUUUUCUUGCUCGGAAAUUAUUUGGACAUCAAAGCUUUCUUCGCACAGCGUUUGGACGAACUGUUUGUCGACCAGAUGCAGGACGCAUUGUCACAAGUGAGAGCUAAUGGUCUUUUGUCAAUGAUUGUUUUCACGAAGACAUUGGAUAUUUUGAAGAACACUCAUCAAAUAUUCGUGGAAUACGACAUUCCUGUUACUAAAUGGGAAGAAUUACAAUCAUUGGUAUUCCAGAAUUCAACACCGAACUCAUUCAACUCAUUAGUUCUUGAAGAACUCGAAGAACACCUCUUCGAAACAGUCAUUCCUUCUUACAUACUUCACACAAACCCAAUGAGAAUGAUUCCUUCCGAAUCCGAUCGCCAGAAGAAGCCAAAGAUCGCUGUUCUCACUCAAACAACAGCUUUCAUCUCUGUUGAACACUUCAGAGAACUCGUCUACAUCCUUGACGACGGCGGUGUUUACGCGUUGAGCCAGGCUUUGUGCGAAUACGCUGUUUCCGCUUUCCAGGCGUUUUCCAAGGCGUACAAGUCGAUGCACACUAAUGUAAGAAGAAUCACUGAUGUACCAAUAGGAACAGGCUGCCACGGAGUUUACGACAUAUUCGAAGGCGCGUACAGAGGUUUCGUCAAUGAUCCAAGUAUCGAACAACUUUUGGAGCUGAUGAAAGUACUCGGAAACACAAUUGCUGUUGCUCAAAUGCUCGAUGUCGGUUACUCAUUGAAGAGGAAUGAGACACAGCAGAUCUUGGCUUACUUGAAUGGCACAGACAUAAAGAAUGUCGACAACAAGAAUGACGAUUUCUUCAAUUUGUUUGAUGACAGAUUCAAACAGUUGAAGAAGUAUUUCACUGGCGCAGAAGUUGUUCCAAGUGACCAGGAAAUCACUCAGCCAUUCAUGCAGAAGAUCGUUGAAGCACUCGCAAAAGAAUACUUGGCACAGGGAGAUUUGUUCAAUGAAACAUCACCAAAUAUCUUCGAUUUCCCUUCAAUGACAGGUUUCGCUGCAACAUGGUCUGUUCUUCAGUUCGUUUUCUGCCUCAAGGAAAUCCACUCUACAGAGGAUGCAGAACUCAGUGCAAAGAAGGUGAGACACGGAGCUUUCGCUAUGUACGGUGAAGGCGUCUUCCUUUCUGCUGGCGCUCUUUUGACAUUGACAAGACAGAGAUCUCUUUCAAAGGUGUUGUCAAUUGGCGAAAGAAUUAACCAACAGAAUAUGACUGAUAUCGCUGUAAUCGAAGAUGACAUGAUUUCUCACUUCUUGGCUAUCAAUAGACUGGUCGAAGCUUCUCUUCAGUUCGCUUUGAUGGCUCUCGAAACUGCUGCUGAAACUGUCAUUGGUCCACAGUAA